CGGCCCGGCCCGGCCCGGGCCCCCUGCCCGCCUUAGCGCGCGGGCCCUGCGCCGCCCGUGACGAUGUGCGAUGGUGCCCCAGAUAGAUGGCACAUUGGAGAUAAAUGCCUUGCCCCUUGUCUUGAAAAUGGGACACUUUAUGAAGGAACAGUGAAGUCUAUUGAAAAGGACAAGAAUGGGAAAUCAUUUGCUGUUGUAUCAUUCUUGGAGUCUGAAGAAAGGAAAAUACUUAUAACUAAACUUCAUAGAGUCAAAUCCAGUAAAGGUCCCUGGAAAAACUUAAUAUUUGAUGAUGAUGAUCUGGAAAAGCCUAAUUUUCCUGACCAAAAUCUUCCAUCUCCUGCAAUUCCUUUUAAGUUAUCUGACAGUGGGGAUUGUAUCCCAUAUACAAUUAACAGAUAUCUACGUGAUUAUCAAAGAGAAGGAGCCCAAUUCCUGUAUGGACACUAUGCUAAUAAAAGGGGAUGUAUUCUUGGAGAUGAUAUGGGCCUUGGAAAAACAAUACAGGUCAUUUCAUUUCUGGCUGCAGUGCUGCACAAAAAAGGAACACGUGAAGAUAUUGAAAAUAAUAUGCCAGAAUUUUUACUGAGGACAGUGAAAAAAGAAUCAAAAUGCAGUCCCAAGAAGACUUUCCUUAUAGUGGCCCCUCUUUCUGUGUUGUACAACUGGAAGAAUGAGUUAGACACAUGGGGCUACUUCAAAGUUGCUAUCUUGCAUGGUAAUAAAAAGGACGACGAUUUGAGUCGCAUCAAGCAAGGGAAAUGUGAAGUUGCCCUUACAACAUAUGAGAUACUUCGCCUAUAUUUGGAGGAGUUCAACAGUGUAGAGUGGUCUGCUGUCAUAGUGGAUGAAGCACACAGAAUCAAGAAUCCAAAGGCUCAAAUAACGCAAACCAUGAAAGCACUGAAGUGCAGUGUUCGCAUAGGUCUUACUGGAACAAUUCUUCAGAACAAUAUGAAGGAACUUUGGUGUGUCAUGGACUGGGCUGUACCAGGACUUUUGGGAACUAGAAUGCAUUUUGAGAAGAAGUUUUCUGAUCCAGUGGAGCAUGGCCAGAGGCACACUGCAACUAAAAGAGAGCUAGCAACAGGUCGCAAGGCCAUGCUGAAGCUAGCAAGAAAAAUGUCUGGCUGGUUCCUCAGACGUACUAAAGCUCUGAUCAGUGAUCAGUUACCAAAAAAAGAAGACAGGAUGGUAUACUGUUCCCUGACAGAAUUCCAGAAGGCGGUAUACCAGGCUGUACUGGAGACAGAGGAUGUAAGCUUAGUGUUACGAGCAGGAGAGCCCUGUAGCUGCAGCAGCGGCCGUAAAAGGAAGAAUUGUUGUUACAAAGCAAAUGCUCAUGGUGAAACAGUUAAGUCACUGCGUUUCAGUUACCUGACAAUCCUACAGAAAGUUGCAAAUCAUGCUGCGCUGCUGCAGAUGGAUACUACUAGUAAGCAGCAGGAAGCACAUAUCAAACGGGUGUGCAACCAGGUAUUUUCCAGUUUUCCAGAUUUUGUGCAAUUAAGCAAAGAUGCAGCUUUUGAAACAAUUUCAGAUCCAAAAUACAGUGGAAAAAUGAAGGUCCUUCAGCAGCUUUUGAAUCACUUCAGAAAAAACAAGGAUAAAGUACUUCUUUUCUCCUUUUCCACAAAGUUGCUCGAUGUAUUGGAACAGUACUGUAUGGCAUCUGGGCUAGAUUACCGAAGACUUGAUGGGAAUACAAAAUCAGAAGAUAGGAUCAGAAUUGUAAGAGAGUUCAACAGCACUCAAGAAAUUAACAUAUGCCUUGUAUCAACGAUGGCUGGUGGACUAGGUCUCAAUUUCGUUGGUGCCAAUGUUGUUAUACUCUUUGAUCCAACAUGGAACCCAGCAAAUGAUCUUCAGGCUAUUGACAGAGCCUAUAGGAUUGGUCAAUGCAAAGAUGUUAAAGUGUUUAGAUUGAUAUCCUUGGGAACUGUGGAGGAGAUGAUGUACUUACGGCAAGUUUAUAAACAGCAACUUCACUGUGUGGUGGUUGGAAGUGAAAAUGCCAAGCGAUAUUUUGAAGCAGUGCAAGGAUCGAAGGAACAUCAAGGAGAACUUUUUGGGAUCCAUAACCUUUUCAAACUUAGGACUCAGGGGGCCUGUCUUACCAAAGACAUCCUGGAGAGGGAAGGGCGAGUAGAAGCAGGUGUUACAACAGCUACUACAUGGCUAAAGGAAGAGACUCCUGCAUGCAGCUCAGGAAAGUAUGCACAACCAGACUGUGGAGAUGAUGGAGAUCCCCUAAGCAUUAAGGCACAAUUAAAGAAAGAAGAAAUUGAUUUUUAUGAUGAUUUUAGUGAUGAUGAUAUCCUGGAAAUUUCCAGGAGAAAACAUGUCAGAAGGAAACCUUACACUGCAGAUACUUCAAUGGUAACACGGGGACAACUUUCUUUAAUGCAGUGUGGGUUCUCGAAGUUGUUGCAGAGAGAAAUUGAUACUACCAGGGAAAGUAAUAGUAACAAUAACGCUCAUCAUUCAAAUUCUGAUGGUCAGACUAUAAGAACAAAUGUUAAUAGCAAGUGUAAUAGUUUUCACAAGUACCAUAUUUUGGAGCAUGGGAAAAGUGCUAAAUCACAAAAUGGAAGUGAUAAACAAGAGGCGCAUAGUGUAGGUGCAGCCUCAAAUUGGCUUGUUUUAUCAAACUCUGAAGAAGAAGGAGACGGGGAGAAUCAAGAGCAAUGCAUUUCAAAGCAGAGUGAUGUGGUCAUGGAAACAGAAAGCAGUUCUGAAGAGAAUGAUGAUGUCAUCUUUCCUACCCAAGUUCCAGCUCAACAGGAAGCCAUGCUGACUAAAAAUAUUAAAAUAGGUAAGUCAACAUCUGAAAAUUGUGAAGAGUCAGCAAAAAAAAAAGAUGAAUUCACAUCUAAGGGAUCUGAUAAGCAGCCUGGAUUUGGUAGUACUGUGUCAGCUUUCAGCAAAAUAAUAUCUUUGAAAAACAUUCAGGAUACCACAAGAGAUUUCAAGGGGGCAAGCGACAUUAGUGAUGAGUCUGAUGAUAUUGAAAUUCCCCAUAAUUUGGAAUCGAGAAAGUUAAGAACUUCUGGAUCUCCAAAACUGAAACAAAGACAUGUCCUUAACAAAGACUUUGAUAACUUUUCCAAAACUGUGCUACGAACAAAGAAGCCCAACAGACGAGAAAGGAAAAGUGGUUCACAGAACAUAGAUGAAUUUUCAUCCUCAGAAGAUAACUUACCAGUUGAGAAAAUUCUUGCCCAAAAGCAAAGUUGUAAGUGUAAAAGCAAGAGAGGCAAAGUUCAUUUUCUAUCUAAAAUAACCCAUCAUGCUCAAGGUAGCCCUGUUACACGAAUGAAGCCUGGUAAUUAUUCUGUACCUAAAACAUCUAUAAGUAAAACAGAAGUUGACAAUCAAGAUCAAAGAGUGGGAUCAAUGGACAAGUAUUUAGAUGGUGUUCAAGAAGUGGCUUAUAUUCACUCAAAUCAGAAUGUGGUUGGAUCCAGUAAGGCUGAGAAUUGUUUGAGUCGGUGGGCAGUACGAGAUGUCUUUGAGUUGAAGCAGUUUUCCCAGCUCCCUGCUAAUGUGGCAGUCUGCAGUGCCAAGCCACUGAAGAUGGGAGAAGGAGGAACUUCAGAUGGAGGUCUAAUAAAUUACUGGGUUUUUUUGCAUUGGUCAGCUCUAAAAGAGUUGGGAAUUGAGCAGCAGAACACCCUCUGUAAGUUGGUGGAUCUUGAUUUUUUUGUGAGAGAAGUGGUACAGAUAAAGUUUGGGUGUUUGAAAUCAAAUUCUAUGCCAUGUUUUUUCUGAUUCGGGGCUUGAAAAUCCAGUUUAUGCCCAAUCUAAUUAACAAAAAUCUAGCUGCUAGAGUACAUCCAUGAUGGAAUCUCUACCUAGAAAGUAAAACAUAAAUUGUUUUCCAGUGUGUGUGUGUGUAUGUGUAACAUACAGUACCUAUAAUGCAUUAAAUUACAGUCUAUGCUUAAUGCCUGAAAUUAAAACUAGAGUUCCUUGGGCAUGUUG